CACUCCCCAAGUCAACAGCAAGUUGGUGUCUGUUCACUUGGGUCGACAUCGCAGCUUCGUACUCACCUCCAACAUCCAUUCAAACAUACUCGAUUGACGACACAUACAUACAGCGUGCAUGAUACCCACAUUGUCAUUAUCAUAGCCCUUGCCUCACUCCGUUGUCAACAACCAAACGCGCCCAUCCUCGCCGUCCACCGCGCCCCUCCCAGUCUGGAAUCUGUGGGCUCACGCAAGGCGACAGUAGCAACGCCUGCGUGAUAGUCAGCGGCCUCGGCCGCCCUGCGCAGGCGCCAUGCCGGAACUACCAUACACGUACUUGGAGGCGUAUCCGUACCCUGCCUGCGUGCUGCGCGUUCGGUCGCCCAAUGUCGACCCCACGGUCGCAGCUGCGAGCCGCGAGAAUGUUCGCGGGCCAGAAGAUUUGGACAAGAUGUCCGAGCUGUGGAUCGAUGAGCAGACCAGACACAGGGUCGCUGUUGCCCAGAACGACAGCGGAACAGGCGGCCAUGCAAGGACGCCGACCAGGCCAUUGGGUGAACCGGCCAUGCCAUCAAGCGAACGGAGUACCACACCUCCACGCCCCCCACAAUCACGUCUUCUCCAGGCUGUGCAGACCCCGUAUGUUGGAGAAAUCCCACCGACAAUACGAAAGGUGGCCCCAGUGUCGGCUCCGCUCGCGUCUACAAUGAAGAUCCUUUGGGAGAACGUUCACAUGAACCGCCUAACCCUCGGGCGACCCAUUGCCAGCUUGAUGGACUCGCACAUGGCUGCUGGGUUGCAAGAAUGGGCGGAAACGGACCAAAUUGUCGGCUUCGAGAUCCUGUCGCCCUCUACAGUCCUGACGCUCAAGAUGUCGGCCACCGGGAUGAGCGUCGACGUCGUCAAGUCGCGGCUGCCAGUCGAGCCAGGAAGUCCGUGGGCGUGCGUUGUUCUUACUGCAGUCGCACCAGCACGGGUUGACGAGGAUAUGGUCAAGCCCGGCGCUCGUUUCCAGAACCGCCUCCUCGCACCGCCGUACACUCUCCAGGGCCCCAAUGCAAUGUCGAUCGAGACGCUGCCCCCGGAUACGGUAUCCUUCCUCAUGCCGUACCGCCGCCGAACUCGCAACUCCCUGGUCUACAAUGAUGACGGCAGAAGAUACAACCUCACCAAGCAGUGCCACCUGUUGAUGGACGAGGUUGACUGGUCUGAAACUGUCCUUGGCCCCAAGGCCGACUGGCCGGUCGAGAUUCUCGCGACGGCUUCCAUCGCAUUCUCAAGUUUUACCCAGGACUGUGUCUACGUUGGCAAGGACCUUAUCAUGAUCUACAACCAAAAGUACUCGGUCAUGGUUGAGCACCCCAAGAGCUUUGGACGUCCCAUGAAGGAGGUGUGGGCCCCGUUAUGGAGCGUUCUUGGUCCGUUGAUGAUGCACGUCUACGGCGGGGACCCGGUCCACCGCGAAAAUGAUCUCGUCCUUCAUCAGCGAAACGACCGAGGCAAGUUCAUCGAACGGUACCAGAGCUACAGCUUGAUACCUAUCGUGCAUCACGCCAAAAAGGAGGUGAUUGGAAUAUACAACCCGAGCUUGGACACGACAGAAAAGGUCCUGGCGGAACGACGCCUGGGGACGACAAAGGAUCUCGUCGAGAUGGUUUCGCUCGCGCGCACGACAGAGGCCUUCUUCGAGCAGGUGGCUGCCGCACUGGAAGGCAACCCCGCUGACGCACCGUUUGCCAUCCUGUACAGCCUGGCCAAGAAGGAGACCGGGUCAGAUGAGCACACUGAAAUCAGCCUCCAGCUCCGAUCGACGGUGGCCCCAACGUUCUUGAAGUACAAGAUCCCAAAGAGUCGACGGACGUCUCCAUCAGGCCAACCUACGUUUACCGACGUGUCUGGGGAGGACGGUGCAGUGCGGGCCAACCCUGCCUCAGCGGACCCUGCACCAGCACCAUCUCCGGAAGCCGCCGCCAGGUUGCCGUCCGAGUCACGCGCCAAGGCAUCAGCGCCACUCCGCCGAUCGCCGUCAGCUGUUUCAACCUCGUCUGUGGGGUCGCCGCUACCGGUGCCGGUACCGGGCUCGCCAGGCUUUCAGUCGCCCCUGGGUAGUCAUACCCCGUCUCCUCGGACCGGGUCCCCGGUCGCCGCCGCCCCUGCCACCAUGCCCGUGCCGACCGCCACCUCCACCAACCCCACUGUGCCGUGGCCUUUUGAGGAGGCGCUCAGCACUCGCCAGUGCCUCGUGGUUGACAAUAUCCAGGCGCUCAUCCAAGGGUUCCCGGUGCGACAGUGGACCGAACUCCCCGACCUGGCGGUCGUUGUCCCCAUCUCGUCUGAGGGGUCAGAGGAGACUCCAUCUGGUGUCAUGGUGCUUGGACUCAACCUCUACCGUCCACUGGACCCGGAUUACGAGGAGUGGGUGCAGGUUCUUCGUGGUCAUAUUUCGCUCGGCCUCGGGUCAGUCAAGGCGCUGGAGGAGGAGGUAUCUCGACGGGAGGAACGAGCAAAGCUCGAGCGGGCAAAGGCAACGUGGUUCCGCGGUUCGGCACACGAGCUCCGUUCGCCAUUGACGCUCAUCUCGGUCCCACUGGAAGAACUGUCAUACACCAAGUUGGCACCGGGGCAGACUGGCAAGCUUGCCAUGGCUCGGCGCAAUGUCCAACGCUUGGAGAGUCUGGUCAACUCGCUACUCAACUUUAUGGGUCUAGAGUCCGGCCAGGUGGAGACAAGCUUUAUCCCCACGCGCCUGGAGACGUUUGUCGGCGACAUCAUGGACCUGUUCCGCCCAGCGAUCAAGACACUCAAGUACAUCAACUUUGUGCUGGAGGUCGACAGCGAUUCUGCCGCUCCGCCGACCAUGGUGAACGUGGACCGCGUUCUGCUGGAAAUGGUCGUCUCGAAUCUCCUCAUGAACGCGCUCAAGUACACGCACAUGGGGACAGUUAAACUCAAGGUGUGGUUCGAUCCCCUGUACGCGAACAUUUGCGUGUCGGACACGGGGCAUGGGAUCCCAGCGUCAGAGGUCGAGUCAGUCACCGACCCCUCCCAUCGGGCGGAGACGUCACUCCAAGACCGCGGCGCGAAUGUAACCGGGGUGGGUCUGGCGCUCGUAAACGAGAUCGUGCUCCUCCAUGGCGGCGAGCUCAUCGUGGAGAGUACGACGGCUGCCGAGAGCGUGAGCAACAAGCAUGGCUCAACCUUCACUGCCCGCCUGUCCCUCGAUCUCCCGCCUACCGAGGGCGCGGACACGUCAACCAUUAGGUCCCCGUUCGGUGCGUUUGCCCGACAGUGCGCCAGGGAGAUUGCCGACUGGAUACACGAGGACGAUGACGAGAAGACGUCCAAUGGGUCCAAGGGCUCUGGAUCGACCGGCGGUUUGUCACUACCUGGUCUCAUGUUUGCCUCCGAGGACGUGUUGCUGGUCGUCGACCCUUCAGUCGACAUGCGCGACCUAUUGCGGUCAAUGUUCAGCACGUUCUGCACCGUGCUUGAGGCGCCCGAUGCCGAACACGCCCUCGAGCUGAUCGCCGCGACCCCACCACACCUCGUCCUGUGUGAUAAUGGACUGCAGGGAGCGGGGCAAACGACGAUGGACCUCCUUACCGCCGUGCGCACCUCGCCGGCCACUCGGUUUGUGCCGUUCGUUAUAAUGUCAGACGACGACCAGUCUCGUGUCGAGGCAUUCAUCGCCGGUGCCGACGACUACCUCGCCAAACCUGUUGGCUCGAAGGAGCUCGUUCUCCGCGUGCAUCUACACAUGCAGAUGGGCAAGAAACGUGCCAAGCUGCAGCAAAUGUUCGAAGAACAACUCCUGGAUGUAGAGCGCCGGAGGAUCGAGGCUGAGGAGAGCAGGGAGCAACAAGAGUUCCUAGUGGACCUCAUCUCGCACGAGAUUCGGACCCCCGUCUCUGCCAUCCUGCAGUGUUCCCAGCUUGCCCGGCAGAAUCUGGCUGCCUUGCGUGAGCAGCUGCGAUUCUCGGGAGACCGGGGCUUCCAUCCCACUCCGUCGCUCUUGGAUGAUCUGGAGGAGGAUGUCGAGGCACUUGACAGCAUCUACCAGUGUGGUCUGGUGCAGGAGCGUAUUGCCGGCGACAUUCUCUCCCUUGCCAGUAUCCAGCAGGACAUGCUGUCCUUCCACGACGUUCAUGUCGACAUCAGGCAGGGCGGCAAGAAGAUGGUCUCCGUCUUCGCCAACGAAGCGCGCAUGAAGAAGAUUGACCUCGUGGUCGAGUUUGGAGAUUCGCUCGAUGCCACUGGCGUGUCUGCUAUCCUGACCGACCCGGUACGGCUUGGACAGGUGGUCACCAACCUCAUCUCGAAUGCGAUAAGGUUCACGGCCGUGUCUCCAGUGCGGAGGGUGGUGGUGACCUUUGACAUCUCGUUCGACUCGCCGGUAAACGGCCACUACAACAUCCCGCCGCCGAGUGGGAGGCUCCCACCCAUCGGCAUCGAGAGCGAGCCUGAGGUGUAUCUCUAUGUGUCCGUGAGCGACACCGGGCCGGGUAUCACUCCCGAGGAGCAGACUGUUCUGUUCCAGCGUUUCCAUCAAGGAAACAGCACCAUCCACACGCGCUUUGGCGGCACGGGGCUCGGUCUCUUCCUGUGCAAGAGCCUCACAGAACUCCUCGGCGGUGGUAUCGAAGUCGACUCUACAAUAGGCAAGGGCACAACCUUCCGAUUCGCCGUCAAGACACGCGCCGUUGGGAUCAACCAGCGCAUCAGCCCCGGCGCUGACAGUGGGAUUGGGAGCGUUCCUGGGAGUGAUAAGCACGCUCCCAGCGUACUGUCCGACCUGUCACCUCCGCUCACCAAGGCUCCCGCUGACUCCCCCGGCAUCUUCGCUCCCACCCCCAGCCCGGGGAUCGGCCUGGGCGUCAGCCUGGGAAGCGGCGGCGUACCACUCUCGUCGCCUGAGCUUGCCAUACUAGCCACUCCUGACGGCGGGCCGACGCUCAAUGUCCUCAUUGUGGAGGACAAUGAGAUCAAUCAGCGCGUCCUGAAGCGCCAGCUGGUCAAGUGCGGACUGACAUGCGAUGUAGCUUCCAAUGGCAAGGAGGCGCUCGUGGCCCUGUUUGACGCGUCGCGACCAGAGCGAUUCCGCUCCUCCCCCAGACCAGACGGCGACAGGGCGCCGCCAAUGUUCGAAAACAAGCCCAAGCGUGCGGCGUACGACAUUGUUCUGAUGGACCUCGAGAUGCCCGUCAUGGACGGCCUCACAGCGCUCCACCAUAUCCGUGAGGCUGAGAAGCAGGGGACCCUGCGGAGUCAGCUCGUGUUUGCCCUCACUGGUAACGCGCGGGAGGGGCAGGUCGACCGCGCGUUUGCAGCUGGCAUGGAUGAUGUGGUUAUCAAACCCUACCGCCUUCCAGAUCUCGUCGCCAAGAUGCGUGAGGCUGUUGCCCACCAUCGUGUUCGAUUAGAAGCGGUCACAGCGACUGCCCAGAUGAUGAGAAGUUGAUGGUGCAACGAUGCUGAUGAACGUUGUAGACUACAGUUUGGUCAUGCUUAUGGCAUUAGUGUAAGAUUAGAAUGCUGUAUCAAUAUUAUUAUUACUGCUAUUGGUGGAACGAAUGAAUGCAUGGG